CCAAAGUCUCUCACACUCAGUGUGCUAACAUGUUCCCCUCAGUUACUCCCUCUCCGACUCAAACACUCCCUGCCAGUUCCUAACGGGGAGCCUCACACACCAGGAAGCCAACGAAACUUUGCUUCGCCUCCUUUUCCCCUCACUUUGUCUUGACUUUUUUUCCUUUAAAGGAGCUUUCCUCAUGGAUACUCAGGCUAUCUGCUGCACUCUGGUGAACUGUAACUGUGACAGCUUCAAGCCGGGGAAGCUGAAGAGGAGGCAGUGUGAAAACUGCAAGCAUGGCUGGGUAGCACAUGCCCUGAGUAAACUGAAGGUGCACCACAUAUACCAGAGCAGCCAGGUGGAGAUCGUGCACUCCAAUGUGGUGUUCGAUAUCUGCAGCCUGAUGCUGUACGGCACCCAGGCCAUCCCGAUCCGCCUCAAGAUCCUCCUGGACCGCCUGUUCUCCGUCCUCGAGCAGGAGGAGGUCGUCCAGAUCCUCAAUGCGCUGGACUGGACGCUGCAGGACUACAUACGAGGAUACGUGCUCCAGGAUGUAGCAGGGAAGGUGCUGGACCGCUGGGCCAUCAUGACGUUCGAGGAGGAAAUCGCCACACUGCAGCAGUUCCUGCGUUUUGGCGAGACCAAGUCCAUAGUGGAGCUGAUGGCUCUGCAGGAUAAGGAGGGCCAGGCCGUGUUGGUACCCAGCACCCGCACCAACUCAGAUAUCCGCACUUUCAUCGAGCGCCACACCCCACGCACUGCUGCCAACCUCGCCACAUCCAAAGCGGAUAAGCAGAGCAGCAACAGCAUGCACCACUUUGAAAACUUUGUCAACAGCAUGGCCUUCAUGCUGCCCUUCCAGCUGUUAGGUUCUGUUACUGCUCCGUUUCUGGGCUCACCCACAGGGGCACAGCCGCACCAGCAACAACAGCAGCCAGGCCGAGGGUCGAUGGAGCAGUGUCAGAGACAAGAUGAUCCAGGUCGGGACGGUCUAGGGAGGGACAACCCACUCCCUCUUCUACACCCUUCAGAGAGUAGCCUGCUCGGCUCCACCAUUGUCUCAUUCAACGCUGAUCUAGAUCGAAGUGUAGACCAACACAUGGAGGGUCUCUCCACCACUACAAAGAUUGAGGCAGAGGAUUUCUCCACUAGUGACAACUACUCAGACGGACCCUCCACACCAUGCACGCCCUCCAUGGGCUCUGAUGUAACCCAGAUGUCGCCCGAGGGCAAGCUGCGCUGCUUGGACAGGAAUGGGGCUAGCAGUGGAGGGGGGUCAGGAGGGGGAGGAUGCUCUCUGAAGAAAGGUCGAGUGUAUUGCAACGCCUGUGAGAAGACGUUCUACGACAAAGGCACACUAAAAAUCCACUACAACGCAGUGCACCUGAAGAUUAAGCACAAGUGUACCAUUGAUGGCUGCAACAUGGUGUUCAGCUCCCUACGCAGUCGCAACCGCCAUAGUGCCAACCCAAAUCCACGACUGCACAUGCCUAUGAACCGUAACAACCGGGACAAAGACAUGCGGGGCAGCAUGUCCGGUGAUGAGAGCUCUCAAGGAGAAAAAAGGCAUGAAUAUGGAACCCCCAUCCCGGUUUGCUCUGCAGAAAGCCAUAAAUCAGUGCCCAGCUACAUGGUGAGCCAUGUGGACACUGGUUCUAAACUCCACAGCAGCUCGUUCCCCAGCAUGGGCCAGAGUGGCAUACUCUUCCCCAACUUAAAAACAGUACAGCCAGUCCUUCCUUUCUACCGCAGCCUGGUCACCCCGGCAGAGCUUGCCAACACCCCAGGAACACUGCCUUCCCUUCCUCUGUUCUCCUCUUCUGUACCCAUCAAACCUAUCUCAGCCCAAGAAUCCUGCAUGACAGACCCCAUACCAAAGAAAAAGUCUAGGAAAUCAAGUAUGCCAAUAAAGAUAGAGAAGGAGUUGGUGGAACGAGAUGAGCAAAUGGAUAAGGGGAGCAGCUCCGAGGACGAGGCUCCGUCACAAAACACGGAGAAGGAAGAGUGUGACGAAAGCCAAGAAGGAGGUCACAUGUGCACAACACAAGCUGGGAAGGAGACAGAGGGGUGUGGAGUUUACAUUGGUGAAGAGAAGGAAAGGGAGGGCACCAAGCAUCUUCUGGACCAAACUUCAGGGAGAGAAAUGACUGUGAGGGAGGACAAAGAUGAUCCGACAAGGCAAGCUGAGACCGGAGCCAUCACCUGUGCAUCCUCCCCCUCUGAAGAUAAACUGAUGGAGGAUCAGUGUGACAACGACCUACACCGUCAGGAACCCAAUGAACAAAUUGAGAAUGGGGACCGAGUACACUCAGAGCUGAAAUGGGAUGAGGGUGAGCACAGGCUGACCAAUGGAGGCGCUCUCCAGCUCUUAGACCAUGAGAAGGAAGAAUUUGACGGCUGUGUCGACGACUACGGUGACUCACGUUUCUCUCACCUCAACCACAACGCUGAUCUGCCACACAACUGUGAGAUCUGCAGGAAGACCUUCAAGAACCCCUACAGCGUGAAGAUGCACUACCAAAAUGUCCACCUGAAGGAGAUGCACAUGUGCACGGUGGACGGCUGCAACGCUGCCUUCCCCUCCCGCAGGAGCAGAGACAGACAUAGUGCAAAUUUUAAUCUUCACAACAAGCUGCUGACCAAAGACUCCUUCAGCCCAGCCAACACCCUGUACCUGCCCUCCUCUCACUGCAGGGACAGAGACUCUGCUGACUUCUACCAGGACCAGCGAGACAGAGACCUGCCCCAUCGAGACCCGAGCAGCCAGAACUCCGUCAUCUUCCGAGGGCACAAUCGCAUGGGCCUGGUUUUCCCCAUGAGCAAAAUGUCUACCGCACCAAACAGUGCUGAGGCGUCUCCCAUAGGAGAGAGGGAAGAGGGAGGAGGAGGGGAGGAGGGGGCAGUCCUCGACCUGAGCACCUCCUCCUCUGCCCCACCUCGAGGCAGUGCUGGGGCUCCAUCUACCUGGGACUCAGAUGGUGCCGGUAGUGAGGCAGAGGAAGGGAUUGAAGAGGAUGAGGAGGCGCUCCCCAUGGAGGACAGUGAUGAAAGCUGCGAUGGGAUUGACGUGGGGAGGCCUGGGGGCGAGGAGUUGGCACUGGGGGGAGAGAGAACCCUGGGCUGCGUUGGGGGAGGGCAAGCCGGGCUUCAGGGGGGUGGGGGUGGAUCUCCGAUAACCUGCCACGUCUGCCAAAAGGUCUACAGCAACAAGGGCACGUUCAGAGCUCAUUACAAAACUGUCCAUCUGCGGCUGCUGCACAAGUGCAAAGUCCCCGGCUGCGACACGUCCUUCUCCUCGGUGCGGAGCAGGAACCGGCACAGCCAGAACCCAAACCUUCACAGGAACCUGCCUGUGAGCUCAGGGGCCCCCAUGGACCAGGAGUAGGGAUCUGAGCUCUAAUGCUAACAUGACUGAUUUCCUUGGUUCUUAUUGUCUUUUUAUUGUUGUAUUGUUGUUGCUGUUGUUGUUGUUGUUUUGGGGCACUUAAAGAAGGCUCACCAAUUAGCACUUUUAAAAUUCCAUACCGUGUCCAUCCUGUCAUCAUUUGGCAAAAAGGAGAGAAAAAGUCCAAUAAGGCAAAUGCUUUCAUUAUCAAUGGCUUUUUCAGACAUUGAUAACACUUUACACACAAAUUUCAACAUAUCAAGAAUAUUAAAGCACAUACACUUCUUAGUAAAUUCAUUCCGAAGAAUCAUAAAUGCCACCUUAAUGAAGCUCAGUCGUUGUUGUAAAGCAGAGCUGAUUGAUUUGCAUUGGUUUGCCUGACAGCCCAGUUUAGACCUCAAAAUGUGUUUGUAUGAACUGAAUCUGUCCACGUGUUGAGCCGUGAAACUGUUUCAUGCUAAUUAUUUUUCUGGUGUUUUUGUCGUCAGAUGUUCACACUGCCCUGUGAGGAGGUGCAUAAUGUAUUGAUGGACGGCAGUAGUGAACUAGAUUUGUGUCAUUUCUUUCAUUUGGACAAUGUACUACAAAAAUAGUCUUUGUUGAAAAGCUAUCGUGUUGUGAGCUUGUUAUAAGUUAUUCAAUGGUGUUCAAUAUGAUCUGUCUUUACUGUUCUGGUUGUUGCAUAAUGCUAAUGUUGACCAAAGAUUUUUUCAGUCCACAGGUGAGUAUAGAAAGCCCUUCAUCAUGUGUGAGGGCUAUGCAGUAUUAAAGGGCCCACCCAGGCUUCUCUCAUCUACUUGGUGAUUAACAGCAGUAUUCAGGGCAGGGCUCUGUUGUACAAUCGAAUCAAAUUCACCAAAACAAAAGAUAAAGAUAGCUUCUGACUGAUGGAGGAGAAAAAUAUCUUGACUUUGGUGUUAUUGUAGAGAAAUGUGCUCAUGGGACUAGACUUGAUAAAGGCAUUGCUCUUGUACUGUUGUGUGGUGUCUUGCAGUGUCCUGACUGACUGGACGAUCUACAGGAAUAUAUGCUGUGUCUCGAGGCUCGAAGCAUGUACUGUGAAUGAGUCAAACACUGAGAAAUAAUAAGAAGAAAUGCAAUUUAUAAAAAUGGCCCCACAUGAGAGCACCCCUUAAAAAACAACUGGUAAACAAAAUGUUUAUUGUACUGUAUAUUCUGUGAAUAGAGUAAUUUGUUAUCUGAAAGAAACCAAAAAAGAUACCUUAUAAAAUAGGCUUAUUUCACCACUAACAUGUUUUUCUUUCUUUCUUUUUUAUCAAAAAGAAUGAACAAGAAAAUGGUGUUGUAUAUGUUUAAUUAUUUCACCAUGGUCUACUGUUCUGGUUUUGCUCUGCAUUUUGCAUAUGUGUUCAGUUUGAAUAGAAUCACAUGGGCCAGAUUUAAGAUCCCAUUUCUGUGUUGUAUGGAUGUGUUCAAAAAAAGAGCAAAACCAAUAUGUUGAUAGGUGUUCAUGUUUCCUUUGAUUUAAUGUUAAAAUAUUCAUUCCAAUUAAAUAAAAGCCAUAUCUUUGCAA